UUUUUGUUGUCUAUUCCUUUUGUCUGUGGAAAUUGCACAAUUUAACUCGGGUUUAUCGAAGAGGUUAUAAUUCUUUUUUUGGAAAAUUUGUUGAACUGUUUCUAAUUUUACUUUAUAUAGAUAUAAAAUGGCUCAAAGUAAAUUAAACGACAUGGCGGGUAAAUUCGCCAAAGGCGGACCUCCCGGAUUGGGCAUCGGUUUGAAACUUGCGGCCGCGGUUGGUGUUGCGGCUUAUGGCAUCUCACAAUCUGUGUUUACCGUGGAAGGUGGUCACCGCGCUAUCAUGUUCAACAGGAUAGGAGGUGUGCAGCAAGCUGUUAUGAGCGAGGGUAUGCACUUCCGUGUCCCAUGGUUCCAGUACCCCAUCAUUUACGAUAUCAGGUCUCGUCCCCGGAAGAUUUCAUCACCCACUGGUUCCAAAGACUUACAAAUGGUGAAUAUUUCCCUGCGAGUGUUGUCUCGCCCCGACGCUCGCUACCUGUCCACCAUGUACAGGCAGCUUGGCACGGAUUAUGAUGAGAAAGUGCUACCAUCCAUUUGCAAUGAAGUGCUCAAAUCUGUUGUCGCUAAAUUCAAUGCUUCGCAAUUGAUCACACAACGUCAACAGGUUUCGUUGCUUAUCAGGAGAGAGCUUGUGGAGCGUGCUGCUGAUUUUAACAUUAUUUUGGAUGAUGUGUCUCUGACCGAGCUGAGUUUUGGCAAGGAGUACACUGCUGCUGUGGAGGCCAAACAAGUCGCACAGCAAGAAGCUCAGCGUGCUGCUUUCGUCGUGGAAAGAGCCAAGCAGGAGAGACAGCAGAAGAUUGUUCAGGCUGAGGGUGAGGCUGAAGCUGCUGAGAUGUUGGGAAAAGCCAUGGGCAUGAACCCUGGUUACCUUAAGCUGCGCAAGAUCCGUGCAGCUCAGAGCAUCUCUAGAAUGAUUGCACAGUCACAAAACAGAGUCUUCCUUCCUGGCAACAGCUUGAUGAUCAACCUCCAGGACCCUACCUUUGAUGAUCUUUCAGAGAAGUUGACUAAGAAGAAGUAACAUGAGGCUGCGGUAGAGUGCGCAGAGAAUGAGAAGCCAGUGCACACUCUGACCGUGGAUGAAACGGCCAUAAUUAUUAGUGGUACGGCUUCAGUUGACACUUAACAGAUUGUCAAUGUAUUUAAAGGAAAAAGUCAUGUCUACAAAAAAAUUAUCCUUCUUAACUGAACAUGUUGCAUUUUACGUUAUUUAGUUGUAGGUUGAUAUAGUAAGUAUGGGAAUCAUAAUAUGAUUGCAAUAAAAGCUGAAAAAUUC